CGCAAUAACAAAUUGGAUGAAGACAGAAAAAUUACUCACAUCCACUGAAAUCAGUUCAAGAUGGCGUCCGAAGGGGAAUACGAGUCGAUCCUGUGCGUGAAACCAGAUGUCAAUGUUUACCGCAUCCCGCCGCGGGCGUCGAAUCGCGGAUACAGGGCGGCGGACUGGAAGUUGGACGCUCCUGACUGGAUGGGCCGAAUGCGCAUAACAGCAAAGGGGAAAGUGGCUUUCAUUAAACUGGAGGACAAAGUCUCAGGUGAGCUAUUUGCUCAAGCGCCAGUGAAUGAGUAUCCAGGCAUUGCUUUGGAGACGGUCAGUGAUUCCAGUCGCUAUUUUGUUCUCCGAAUACAGGAUGACAAUGGUCGGAGUGCGUUCAUUGGUGUUGGAUUUGCAGACAGAGGUGAUGCUUUUGACUUCAAUGUUGCCCUGCAGGAUCAUUUCAAGUGGGUGAAACAGGAGAAUGAAAUCAGCAAAAAUUCUCAGGCUGCAGACUCAGGACCCAAACUGGACUUAGGCUUUAAAGAAGGACAGACCAUCACACUGAAUAUCGGGCAAGGUAAAAAGAGGGACAAGCCCCGCCCCCAGAGCUCAGGAGGCCUGGGGCUCCUCCCUCCACCUCCAGGAGGAAAGAUUGCCCCGCCUCCUUUGUCUAAUCACAACACAGUCCAGCCAACAGGAGGAGCACAGACAGCAUGUUUAUUAGAACUGGACAGCAGUAAUUCUAAUACGGUGGUUCAGUCCAACCCCAGCUCUGACCUAUGGGGAGACUUCUCUAGCUCUGCAAGCUCUGUUCCUGCUUCAGCACCACGUCAAGAUCCCUCUUCUGAAAACUGGGUUCAGUUCUGAAAAACAAAACCUUCAUCAUCCUUCAUUUCAGUCGUUGUUCCCAUUCCUUUCAUCAGAACUACUGCAAUUAAAAUAUACUGCAUAACUGUUUGGAAAAUCUGAGGCGAUCUGUAUGUUAAGCUGCUAAUCCUAGCAAAGCACAGAGGCGAGAAAUAGGCUAUUAAGAAUUGCAAUGGUCUUAAAAAAACAAAUCAACCAAAUGAAAUUAUGGAAAAAGAUUGUAAAACGGUGAGGAUCAUCCCAUUGUGUGAAACUUUAUGAGAUUUUUUUUUAAAAAGUCUGUUUCAGUAUCUUUACAUUUGUCCAAAAGGUGUUGGAUGUUUCCACUUUGUUGUCAUAAACUGUAUGUGUUUGUCUUUGGUUUUGGGGAGUGAAUUUGUGUCUGAGUGUUAAAAACAAAAGAUGACAGAGGUUUGACUGCUUGGAAGUGUACAAUUUAAACAGGGCCUGGAUAUGUUUUCAAGAGCUAACAUCUUGUAUAUCAUAAGAAUAUAUCAAAUCUGUACAGUAUAAAUAUACACGCAUAUAAAUCGAAGGCCAUAAUGUAGAAAAUAUGUCCCUCAAAUACAGGGAUUAUGUCUAGAUAUUCAUUACAUAUCCAUGCUGUCAUUGACUUGACUAAAAGAUAGUCAUUUACAUGUUAAACAAAAAUAAAAUAUACAAAAGAAAAACAA